AUGAAGGAUAAUGCGAACCAGGAAGGUCGCCCGGAGGAAGAAAUUAGCAAUGCCCCGAGGGAGACCAAUUUGAAGAAUUUCGAAAAGACCUUCAUCCACGACUGGCAGAAGGCACUAAGGCGCGUAGAAGAAGGAAGGAAAUGUUGCGAACACCUGAGUAGAAUCUUCCAGGAAAUUAUUUGCAUCGAAAAGGAGUAUGAACAGAACUUGAGAAAGUUGUGUAAUUCAUUCAAACAAUUUAGUGACGAAUCAUCUGGGAUUAAAAACGGAAUAGAGAGUCUAAAAAAAAACAUCGAAAGGAGAUGUGAGCAGAUAGCCGAUUUUAUUAACUGUGUCGAAAGUGAAAUAAUAUAUAGUACCCUCAACACUACGCUAAUUAAUCACAAAAAUGUAUAUGACCAGAUUAGAACAGAUGGAAUGGAAAGUGAUAAAAUGGUGGAGAGGACUAAAAGUGACACGGUAAAAUAUGUUGAAAAUUGUGUAAGUGCCUACGAGAAUUUAGUGGAUUGUAUUCACGUCUUUCACAAUAGUACUUACUACCAUCCGCUGAAGCGGAUUGAACUCUCCAAUGUUUGUAUACAUAAAUAUUUACUAGCCAAAAAGAGGGAGUAUGAAUAUAAGAACAUCAUAAAUAAUGUGAAUCAAGUGGAACUGGAAAAAGAGAAAAAAAUGAAAAGCAUUUUGUACUCUCUUGAAUCGAUGGACUACAAGAGAAUUUCAUGUAUAAAGGAUAACGUGAUGAAAUACUUAAUUUUUUUUACCUCCUAUAUUAGGAACGUGCAAUAUGAUCUGAAUGCCUGCAUUGAUGUGUUUAAAGAUGUGGACGCCGUUCGGGAGAUCGAGGAAUACUGCGAAUUGUAUUGUGCGAGGGGUGGCGCUGCUGGGAAGAUACAAUGCGAGGAUUUCUUCCUUUACAAUAAUAUUGUCUCGUGGCCAAUGCUAAUAGAUCACCGAAAUGAGUUUAACUCUGUUGGGGUGGGAUCUUCGUACGGUAGUCGAGGUGAUCGCCCUGAGAAGGACGACUAUGUGAGAAGCACGAGGAGUAAGUAUGGCAACUUAUUCUCCUCCCUCUUCAACGUUAACGUGUACAAGAAUUUGAUUCAAAGUGAGCACGGCGAAAGGAGGAGGGGCACGGAGAGCAAAGGGGUCACCAGUGUUUAUACGAAUAUUUUUAACGAAAUUGUUUUUUUUAACAAGAAGGAGGUGAGCGGCGGGGAGGAGAACGAAGCAGGGGAGAACGAAACGGGGGAGGAUGAGACCGGGCGUAGUGAUCCGGGUGGAAAUGCUGACUGGGAGGAGAACCCUGGCCAGGUGCCCAGACCGAGUGACGCAGUCAGCCAACGUAAGGGAGCCCUUCGCCGGGGGGAACAAAACGAAACAGGGGAAAUGCCUGCACAGACAGGCGAAGAGGAACCUAAUGAGAGUGAGGGCAAUUCGAUGGUGAGGCCGUUUCCACCAGGGGAAGUAUCCCCAACGGGGAAUGAGCUCGUAGAGGAUGGACAUGAUGUGGACCCAAAUGAACGUGGGCAGGUUGUUGAUCUAUCAGAUGGCACUGCCGCAGAGGAUUGUAUCAAAAGGGAGUUUGUUAAGGUGGAAAAUCUCCACGAGGGUGGCAUAAAUCGCGCAGAAGAGGUAGACAAACGGGGAAGAAACCCUGAGGGGGGAGGCCAUGGACAUAGUGUCAAACGUAACAGUGUGCACUGCGAGUCUGAUCUGAGUUACACGUACGUAAGGGACAUGCUAGAAAGGGAGGAGACGCAGAACGAGGACUCAGACAGCGGAAGAAGCGAAGUGAAUUAUACAAACCGAUUUAAAAAAAUGGAAAUUUUUUUUCAAUUUUAUUUGAAAAAUUUAUUUCAUGGAAAUUUUACGAAAAUAGAAGAAUUCAACAUAUCAUCAUAUUUCAACGUGUACAAUAAUCGAUUAAUUUUUUGUGAGUGUCUAAUGUAUUAUGUUAAGAAGGGGAAAACUUUUUUAAAAAAUAUGAACGGCAUGGUUAUAUUUGCAAGAAUUAUUUUGUCCUUUUUGGAUUACUGCGAUUUGUACUUUGAUUACUGGUGUUCCAUCUAUAUUUUGGUUGCUUCGGAAAAUUUUUAUUUUGAAGUGGAGGAAAAUUAUCACUUCGAUGUUAAGCAGUUGUUGGAGGAGUGCCAUUUUUUUGAGAAGUUUAAAAGGGGAAAGAGAGCCGGUAGGGGGGAGUCCCCAAUGGAGGCAAUCCAAAUGAACGCUGGUCAUGUGAAGGGAAGGAGAAAAGACACCCUUGCGAUGGACGAUUCUUUCAUUAUGGAUGAGGAUGGAAAUGGAAAGGGGGGUUCAUCUAAGCCACAUAACGCGCGGGUGUUCUCCAAGGUGAGUAUGACAAGUAGCAGAGUGAGGAGGAGGGUCGUGAAUAUAUACGAGAGUAGGGACGAUGUGGAGAAGGAAGGCGAUGUGGAGAAGGAAGUCGAUGUGGAGAAAGAGGGCGAUGUGGAGAAGGAGGGCGAUGUAGAGAAGGAUGACCAGGUGGACGACCACUUCACUGGUGACGCUCCUGCGCUAGGUGAUGUAGAGGGUAGCGGACAGGAACAAGUAAUAACAAGGAGAAACGGGUUCAGUGCAUCCAGGGAAGAACCUCCAAAUGAUGACUUCCCGGAGGAUUUGGAAAGGAAAGACCAAAGGAAGGAAAAUUGCGAACAAGAAGUGAACGCAGAAGAAAAGAAGAAUGGCGAAACGAAUAUUCCCAUGAGAGGUGACGAACGCGAAAUCAUAGAGACUAGUGGGAAGACCCCACGGAGGAAGAAAAUCCUGUUGCACAAAUUUGUGUAUGCCCACAACCUUUGGAACAACAUAAAGUUUUGGGAAGUGAGUCUCUUAAUUAUGAUUUCGGAAAUAAUCCAAGAAAGUGUUUUACUGGAAAAACUAAAAUACGAAAACAAAGAAUCGCUGAUUAAAAAGUAUUUUUUCUUUUUUAAAUAUUUUAAUUUCUACAAUAGUAUGAUUGACUUUGGAUUGUCAAUUAACCAAAUUGGUUUGCUCCUAAACAAAGUGUUUCACAGUUUUGACUUAAAGAAUGACCCCAUUUCUCGCAAAUAUUUUUUCCAAAUCAUUGACAUUGCCACGAAUAAAAAGAUCACUCUGAAUUAUAUUAAGACGGAUGUCGGUAAUUUGAACACGGAGUAUAAGAAGUACUACUUGCAGUACUACAACAACUAUUUGAAUGACGACAGUCGCCACUGGGGGAAGAAGCUUUGA